GUAACAACCCCCCGUCUAUAAUAUAUACCCCCAAACCAAACUUGGCCACAGUCAACUGCUCGCAAUAACCGGAGCUAGCUAGAAACCACUCCCUCUCCCUCUGUUUAAACUUCCAGUACAGUCCUCCUCCACCACCAUGUCUUCAAAAGACUGCGGCAACCACGGCCACAAAAAGAGGAGAGAGAGAAUCCGCCGCUGCUGCGCUGGGCUCCUCAUCUUCAACUUCAUCCUCCUCGUCACCAUCCUCAUCAUCUGGGCCAUCCUCCAGCCGUCCAAGCCCCGGUUCAUCCUCCAGGACGUCACCGUCUACAACUUCAACAACACCGUCCCCAACGUCUUCUCCUCCAGCUUCCAGGUCACCAUCUCCUCUCGCAACCCCAACGAGAAGCUCGGAAUCUACUACGACAAGCUCGACGUCUAUGCCACCUACCGCGCCCAGCAGAUCACCUUCUCAACCCUAAUCCCGCCCACUUACCAAGGCCACAAGGACGUCAACAUCUGGUCGCCCUUCAUCUACGGCACCAACGUCCCCAUCGCUCCCUACAACUCCAUUGCUCUCGGACAGGACCAGGCCGCCGGCACCGUACUUUUGUUGAUCAAGAUUGACGGGCGGGUGAGAUGGAAGAUUGGAACAUUUAUCACCGGGAAGUACCAUCUCUAUGUGAGAUGUCCGGCUUUCAUAACUUUGGGAGCCAAGACUACCGGAAUUGUGGUUGGAGAAAACGCUGUCAAGUACCAGCUGGUCCAGCGAUGCAAGGUUAGCGUAUGAUGAAGGAUUCAUGAUCGAAGAGCAAUUUAUGAGGAUCGGACAAUCACAAUUGCCGUUGAUUAUUGCUCUGACGCCGUUAGUUCCUUCUCUAUGAUUAAUUUUCCAGUAAUUUUAAUUUUCUGUUGAUUAAUUUAGCUUCAUCGAACUGUGUGUGUAUUCGAAUUACAUAUACGCGGGGCCUUUGAAAUUUGUACAUUUUGCUAUAGAAUAAAAUGGAGAUUAUGAUGAAAGAUACAUGAGACGUAUAGCAAAAUUGUAGUCGGUGGCACUCAAUUAUGAGCUUAAGAUGUAUAAUUUUAUAUAAAUACCUAUUAUUUUUCAAUAAUCAUGCAUUUUGGAUUCA